AUGAUUAAAGAUAAUCGUCAAAUAAGUGGCGUGAGCACAGGUGAACUUCGAGCUUACCUGAUGUAUAGGUCUUCGAGUCUUUCUAAACUGGCCUCACAGGACACACAAUCUUCGAGUCAAUCUGGUGCGAUGGAUAAGAUGAUUGUACUUUUACACUGGACUGAUGGGACAAACAUACUUGAUCAUUCGAAGUCGACCAAUCAUCAAUUAAUUUACUUGUCAACGGCAAUGCUGGGGAUGUCAAUAUUGGAAUUAUAG